AUGAUAAGAUAUCGAAGAGUGANAUGGAGAAAAGAUGCACAGGAAGGAAUUGUUGUUGUUGGUGGAAAUGGAAACGGAAAGAAGCUGAAUCGAUUGAAUGAUCCUCAAGGAAUCAUUGUUGAUCAUGAGGGUCGAAUUUAUGCUGCAGAUCGCGCAAAUCAUCGAAUAAUGCGAUGGUGUGAAGGAGACGAAGAAGGUGAAAUAAUUGUUGGUGGAAAUGGACAAGGAGAUGAGCCUAAUCAAUUAUCUUAUCCCCACGGUUUAUCAGUUGAUGGUGAAGGAAAUCUUUAUGUUGUUGAUCGUGGAAGUGAUCGAAUUCAACGCUUUGAGUUGAUCAUUUGA